UAUAUAUAUAUAUAUAUAUAUAUAUAUAUAUAUAUGUAUACACACUCCACCUAAUUACAAACACCCACUCUUGCCUUGCAGUUGAGAGAGGAUCCAGAGGAAGAUACGGCAGGAAUGAGAGUGAGGAGCUUCAUCUGAAAACAUCUGCCUGGAGGACUCCUCCCUCAUCUUCUCUUGGUGGUUAAGUCCAGCGCUGCAGCAGUGUGACGCCCCACUGUGUGCUGCUGCCCAGGGAAUGCUUGGCGGACAAAGAGACGAAGUGGGAACACAAUGAGCAGCCAGGACAAAUGGGUCACGCUGACCCCAGCUGAAUUUGCCCUGCUACAGGAAUACACUCAGUACUCAACCAAGAAGCUGAAGGAUGUGCUGCAGGAGUUCCAUGGAGAUGGUGUGUUGGCUAAAUACAAUCCAGAGGAGAAGCAGGAAAUCCUCAGCCAGGAGAUUGACUUUGAGGGCUUUAAGGUCUUCAUGCAGACGUUCCUGGAGAGCGAACUCCCUGAAGAGUUCUGUCAACACCUCUUCAUGUCGUUUAGCAACAAGGGACCAAAACCCAGUCCCUCAUGCUCUGACAAACCCAAAGUCUCUGGGUUGAAGCUGAUCAAAGGGAGCUCGACCCCUCUGAAGACACCAGCACCGCCCAGGCCUCUGGAUACUGUGCAGCUUAAGGACAUUGUGUGUUACCUGUCGUUGCUGGAAGGUGGGCGUCCAGAGGACAAGCUGGAGUUUAUGUUCCGUCUCUAUGACACAGAUGGAAACGGGUCUUUGGACAGCUCGGAGCUGGAGCACAUUAUCUCCCAGAUGAUGCAUGUAGCAGAGUACCUGGAAUGGGACGUGACUGAGCUUAAACCAAUCCUCCAGGAAAUGAUGCAGGAGAUCGACUACGAUCAUGAUGGCACUGUGUCACUGGAGGAGUGGAUCCAGGGGGGCAUGACUACGAUCCCACUGCUUGUACUGCUCGGCCUGGAGACGAAUGUAAAAGACGACGGGCAACACGUGUGGAGACUGAAGCACUUCAAUAAGCCAGCCUACUGUAACCUGUGUCUCAACAUGCUAAUUGGACUGGGGAAGCAGGGACUCUGCUGCUCAUUCUGCAAGUACACGGUCCACGAGCGCUGCGUGGCUCGCGCUCCGCUAUCUUGCAUCAAAACCUAUGUCAAGUCCAAGAAAAACACAGAGGUAAUGCAUCAUUUCUGGGUGGAAGGGAACUGCCCCACCAAGUGUGACAAGUGUCACAAAACCAUUAAGUGUUACCAAGGCCUGACUGGGCUCCACUGUGUGUGGUGUCAAAUCACGCUCCAUAACAAGUGUGCUUCCCAUGUGAAACCUGAGUGUGACUGCGGACCCCUGAAGGAUCACAUCCUGCCCCCCAACUCAAUCUGCCCCAUUGUUCUGGAGAGGCAGUCAACGCUGAGGAAAGACUCCCGGUCCAGCCAGUCAAGCCGAGGGAAGAUGCAGAGAGCCAACUCAGUCACAGUGGACGGCCAAGGACUGCAGAUCACAACAAUAGAGGGCACUCAUCCUCUGCUAGUGUUUGUCAAUCCGAAGAGCGGGGGGAAGCAGGGAGAGAGGAUUUACAGAAAGUUCCAGUAUCUUCUGAACCCAAGACAAGUGUACAACCUGGCCAAAAAUGGACCCAUGCCAGGGUUGAACUUCUUCAGAGACGUUCCUGAUUUUCGAGUGUUGGCCUGUGGAGGGGACGGCACUGUGGGCUGGAUCCUGGACUUCAUUGAUAAGGCCAACCUGGACAGGAACCCCCCUGUGUGUAUACUUCCUCUUGGCACGGGCAAUGAUCUGGCAAGAUGUCUGCGAUGGGGAGGAGGCUAUGAGGGUGAGAGCCUCCUGAAGAUCCUGCGGGACAUCGAGAACAGUACGGAGGUGAUGCUGGAUCGCUGGAAGAUUGAUGUCACACCCACAGACAAGGAGGAGCGAGGGGACCCGGUGCCUUACAGCAUUAUAAACAACUACUUUUCCAUCGGAGUGGAUGCCUCCAUUGCACAUCGUUUCCACGUUAUGAGGGAGAAGCACCCUGAGAAGUUUAACAGCAGAACAAAGAAUAAGCUGUGGUACUUUGAGUUCGGCACUUCGGAGACCUUUUCGGCCACAUGUAAGAAGCUCCACGACUUUCUGGAGGUUGAGUGUGAUGGUGUUACUCUGGACCUCAGCAGCAUCUCCCUGGAAGGCAUUGCCAUUCUCAACAUUCCCAGCAUGCACGGCGGUUCCAACCUUUGGGGCGAGAGCAAGAAGAGGAGGGGAAACCGAAAGGGAGGCAAAAAAGGCCAAGACAAGAGAACACCAGUGGUCGACCCCAAAGAGCUCAUGUUUGCAGUUCAAGACCUUUCUGACGAGUUGCUGGAGGUGGUGGGGCUGGAAGGAGCCAUGGAGAUGGGUCAGAUCUACACCGGCCUGAAGAGUGCUGGCAGACGUCUGGCACAGUGCUCCUCUGUGACCAUCAGAACCAGUAAAUCCCUUCCCAUGCAGAUUGAUGGUGAGCCUUGGAUGCAGACUCCCUGCACCAUUGAGAUCAUCCACAAGAACCAGGCUCCCAUGUUGAUGGGACCACCACAAGGCCGAAGCUUCUUCUCCUCAGUCAUCCGAAGAACACGUACUGAGAGCAAAGACUGAUCCAUCACAGUUCAAGACCUUCGAGUCCUCGCAAGCACCUGCAGAGCAGCAGUCACAAGUUGAUCAUCACUCAGCCUGUGAUGAAGGGGGUCUUUGAUGCCUGUAUGAUAGCCCAGCGUACAGUAGCAAACUGUAGGUUCAGUAUGUUGCCUGCAGCAUCAAGACGUCAAUGAGAAGUCCUCAUUUAAUCCAGAAUGAGGUGUGUUUAGGACAGACGCUUUUAUCUACGGUGUGUAGUGUAGUUUAGCUCCAAAAAUACUGAAGCUAUUUCUGGAAGUCCAGUUCUAAAAAUUUUCUAGUCUGUUUUUAUUUUUUCUGUCGUGAUCUGUGCCAUGUGGAAUAAGUCCACAGAUGAAUGUGUUUUGUGAUAUGAUGUAUUUAUUUAUUCAUAUUUUGCUGCUAUUGAUGUUUUUUAAUGUUUUUUUGCAUUUGCAUACCCAUGAUGCAUGAUGGACAGUGAACGAGGUUGCUGUUGUUGGAACUGACAUAUCUGGAGUUUUACAAGCUGAUGUUUUGCAAGUGUGUUUAGUAAGAAGUGAAGUUUCUUUGCUCAGCAUUUCCUCAGCGCUUCACUCAUGAAUGGCUUCAAGUAGUGCAGAGACAGAGAAUCUCUUUUGCUUUCUUUUAAUGGUUCCUGCAAGUCAUCUUUGUCACGUUUUUGAUCUGCCGUGUUGCUGCUCCGUCAGUGGAAAGAUUAGGAAUUAUUAUUGAUCGCUCAUAAAAAAUGCAUGACACUCUUUGUUUUACGUCGCACGAGAGAUUUCCAGGCAAUUUUACCAAUUGUGUGCACACUUUCUGUUGCAUGAGUGACCAAGAUCUGUUUUGACACUUGUGGAAAUUGAUCGUUCUUGAAUCUGCAUCUACACUGCUGCUCGGUUUAACCAUAUCAUACUUUAUCUAUGAGAUGGCUGCAUUUUUAUGAGAUCCUGUGUUUCUCUGAACAGGUACUCAGGUACUUUUAAAUGGAAAAACAGUGAAAAGGCAGCAGAAGACAGUCUAGUGUUCAUUCAGACUGUGUUAGUACUGUAACUGUACAGUUGGACAUUCACAAAGAGGCAGUUUGACCUCCUGUGGUCAUUGAUUUGUUCUGAUGUCUACAGUUGAGUGUUUAUAGUCUGCUGCGCAUACAAGCGUACAUUAACCAAUUAAAGUCUGAAUACAAAAUGACUAUAGACUGAAAAUCAAUCCCAUCCAAUAAUUACAGGUUGGAGGCAUUUUGCAGCCACUCACGUGUGCACAUGCCAGCUAUAGAUUGUUUUAUAGUGCACCCUCUGAAAAAAAUGAAUGAAAAAAUGUUUAUUUCAUUCAAGUCUCCUUAUACAAUUUGAUUAAAUCAUUCUGGAUGGAAAUGGAUGUGAUUCAUACAUUUCUCCAUUCAGAUCAUUACUGUUAUUUAUCUUCAGUCUCACCAAAGACACACUCGCACACCACUUCAGAUUUCUGGGGAUUUGUUACACACCUACCAGCGUGACACACACCUGAUUAAUGUAUUGUUUUUAACAGAAUUGCACACCUGCAUGUUUUCUGAGAAUAAUUUUAGGCUCGACUGUUUCAGUCUUUAAAAGUGCCAUACGCCAGUGGAGACUGAGGUUUGAUGAGUCUCCCAUCUUUUUGCUUUGUAUGGUGCAGCGUUUGUACAGUGAGGUUGUAUUUUUGUACACAUUAUUAUUUAUUUUUCUGCUUACUGCUUCACUCUAGAACUCACACCAUGUUAUUCUGCCUAAAACAAAUUAUGCCUGCCAAUGUUGACUGAGAAAAAUGAUAAUGAAAGUAAUAAAAAAAAUGCUUUUGUUGUUUGA